AUGUACAGUAAAUUGACGUCGGAGGAAGGCGAGCGGGACGUCUUCGACACGCGCAUCAUCGACUUCAAGGAUGAGGGGGACCUCGAUGAACAAGUAGAGCUAGGCGACAACCAUCACAGGCAAUUGCGAGGCUCUACCCGGCUGCGCAUUACGAGCUUGUGUCUUGGGGUCCUCAAGUCCUCCAUCUUACUUUGGGCCAUCAUCGUUUUUCAACUCAUCGCCAUAGGUCUACUUCUCAGUCAUUCAACGUCACCCCAAGAGGCUCCCCUUUAUUCCCCUGCGAACGAGGCUAUCUCAUACAAAUACAACAAAUUCUUCAACGGAUUUGGGCACAAUGUCUCUCCCUUCCAAGUCCCACCUUCGAAGGAACUUGACGAACUCUGGGAGGAUCUUUACCACUUUGGCAUCUCUCGCAUACCAAAGUCGCAAGCCAAGUUGCUCACUAACGCAACGGAGGCAAUACCGGGCGACGAAGAGCACUAUGCAGUCGAACUCGACGUCUUCCACGAACUCCACUGCUUAAAUCGCAUACGAAAAACGAUAUAUUCGGACCACUAUCCCGACAUGCGCAUCUCCCUCCCAGGUAACGAAAUCCAUAUGAGCCACUGCCUCAAUUCCAUCCGCCGGUCUCUCAUGUGCUCGUCGGACGUCAGCCUUAUCGUCUGGAAAUGGGAUGAAGAGGCCGGGCAAUCGUUUCCCCGAGGGGAUGUCGUCCAUCGAUGUCGCGAUUUUGAUAGGAUCAAGGAGUGGGCGUUGGAGAAUCAAUUGGACAAUAACUUCAACACGAGUAUCCAUGCGGUGAAUAGCCUGCCGAUGCCGAUGUUAUUGUACUAG